AUGGCCAUCGCAGAGUUGAUCUUGUCCCCAUGGGGCGCUGGAGCCGCCGUUGCAGCCCUCAUCUCAGCCUACCUCCUGCCGUACUUUACAGAAAACCGCGACCUCAGAGAUCUGCCCGCACCUUUCCCCGCCCAGUUCAGCAACCUGUGGCUCAUGUCUGUCGCCAGGCGGGGCAAUCGCUACGAGAAGAUGGACGAGCUUCACAAGAAGAUGGGCCCCGUCAUCCGGAUCCAGCCAAAUCAUGUCAGCAUCGCCGACGACGAUGCCAUCCAAGCAAUCUACGGGCACGGAAAUGGCCUGCUCAAGUCCGAGUUCUACGAUGCCUUUGUCUCCAUCAGACGAGGCCUCUUCAACACCAGAGAUAGACACGAGCAUAGCCGCAAGAGGAAGAUGGUCUCUCACACUUUUGCUCCCAAGUCGGUUGUCCAGUUUGAGCCCUACAUCAAGGAGAACCUCGAACUCUGGGCCAAGAAGUGGGACGAGCUCACGGAGAAGGCGAAUACCGCCGACGGCAUGGCUCAUGUCGACUGCCUGGACUGGUUCAACUAUGUGGCCUUUGACACCAUCGGCGACCUGGCCUUUGGCUCGCCCUUUGGCAUGCUCAAGGCCGGCGCCGACAUGGCCGAGGUCCGCAUGACCAAGGACAGCGACCCCAUCUACGCGCCCGCCGUCGAGAUUCUGAACCGCAGAGGCGAAGUGUCCGCGACUCUCGGUGCGUACCCGGCGCUGAAGCCCUGGUGUCACCUCCUCCCGGACCCCUUCUUCUCGCAGGGCGUCGCCGCCGUCAAGAACCUCGCCGGCAUCGCCAUCGCCCGCGUUCAGGACCGCCUGCAGAACCCGCCCGACAUCAACCGGACCGACCUCCUCGCCCGCCUGCAGGAGGGCCGCGACGACAAGGGCCAGCCCCUGGGCAUCGAGGAGCUCACGGCCGAGGCCCUGACCCAGCUCAUCGCCGGCUCCGACACGACCUCCAACUCGUCCUGCGCCUUACUCUACCACGUCGCCCGCACACCGGGCGUCCUCGAGAAGCUGCGGAAGGAGCUCGACGCCGCCGCGCCCAGCAGGGACCAGAUCGUGCCCGACUUCGAGGCGAUCCGCAACCUGCCCUACCUCGAGGCCGUCAUCAACGAGACCCUGCGGCACCACUCGACCUCUGGCAUCGGCCUGCCCCGGCAGAUCCCCCUCGACGCCAAGAAGGGCAUCGAGAUCCGCGGCCACUACUACCCGCCCGGCACCGUGCUCAGCGUGCCGACCUACACGAUCCACCACUCCAAGGAGAUCUGGGGCCCCGACGCCGACGAGUUCCGCCCCGAGCGCUGGGAGGAUGUCACGGCGCGCCAGAAGAAUGCCUUCAUCCCGUUCAGCUACGGGCCCCGCGCGUGCGUGGGCAGGAACAUAGCCGAGAUGGAGAUGAAGAUGAUUGUGGCGACGUGGGUGCGCAGGUACGAUGUCGUGCUCCGCCAGGAUUACAUGCACACCCGUGAGGGCUUCUUGAGGAAGCCCCUGGGGUUGGAGAUUGGAUUCAAGAAGAGGUAG